GGUAAGACAGGCUGGCCGCGCGCUUGGGAAACUAAUUGAGUCCUUGUUGUGGCUGUGCUUGGGAGGCCCGGAGGCAAGUUUCUGAAAAGUUGGCCUGGUUGGGCCUGCCUUCUCUAUCGCAGGCAGAAUGAUUCUUAACUUUCCCGGGAGAACUUGGUAUUAAGUCUGGACCGCGCUAAGUGGCCGGGGAGAAAGCCUCUCCCCGGGCAGUCACCCCGUCACCCCUCGGGACAGUGCGUCGGGGUGGCCUGGUGCCUUCCUCAAGUUAAAGGUGAGGUGUCAAGUGUAGCUAGGAGGCAAAAGAUCAGAACGGGAGCCAAUUAAAACCCACGCACGGGCAUUCGCCACCGUGCUGCUGGCUCUUCCCGGCUGCGGAGUUUCGAGGGCCUCGCAUCUGGCAGGGAAGUGGCCAAGGCCCUCCAACAUGGGCGUGCUUUUCGCCAAGUUGGACAGGGACUCUAACUUGGGGGAACCUGUCGUCGCCUUUAAGCUGCACUCGCUUUCGGAGGUCUCCAGUCUCUAGCAAUCUGAUGGGGAAAAGCCCCAUUUAGGAACAAUAGUUACAAGGCCCAAGGCUCCCAAAACCGAUAAACGGGACAGAGAAUCUGAUGAACCCACAAUCAGUUCCUAGUGCGGAACCGCUUAGCUCCAGUAGCAGUAGUCGCCAGGCUGCCCUCAGCUGCCUUUGUAUUAGAUAACUAACAACAAAACUUAACAGUGAGGAGGGCUGCCUCUGGCAAACUCCUUCCCAGCUUCUAUGCACAUUUAGACCUCAGGCUGCUAAUCGGUGGGCUGAGAGCAAAGGCUGUCUUCUCUCUGACUCUGCGUGCUUUAAGGAGUGUGGGUCUGAGCUGAGGUUUGGAGGGGGGCAGAAGCCCUUCCCUGACUCUUCUUUGGCUCUCUCACCUCCAGGCUUCCUGAGCAGGCCCUAGCAUUCUCUCCAAGUCUUUCCUCCUGCGGAGUCUCUACCUUGCCAUCUCGUCCAGCCUCAGCACUUCCUUGACAGCCCUGGGUGUUUGCCUUUCGCUGGGGCAGAUGUGCAGAGGGAAACAAGCCAGGCUUCUCAGGAAUAUGGCUGACAAGGAGCGAAAGGCCCUGGAGCUGUCCUGUAGGUAGGGCCGUGGUGAAGCUGCUGCCCCCAAAGGCAGUGCCCCUGACUUCCGGAGGGAAGCUGUGAGGAGCCGCGGACUGUCCUGAGGAGCUGGGGACACCGUGCACACUCCCUUGCUGUGGGCCGGGUUCUGGUGCUCACACUCCCUAGACCUGAAAACAGCUUCGGGAAUAGCAGAGCUGGGCAUUGUAGGGCAGAAGAGAGUUUGAUGAAGUGGUCUCUGUGACUGUUUAAGGUGGUCUGUAAGCAUUUCUCAAGAAAGGAGUCCCUGCGCCCUCAGGUGUCUCUUUCGUCUGUGUCAUCUCUUCACAUUUAUGAAUUUGUCCCCCAGAAUGGGAAGAUAGAGGUUUUUGUUUGUUUUGCUUUAUUUCCCCUUCAUUUUUCUCUCUUAGGUUAGAACAAGUAACUAGGAGAGUCUGGUUCCAACUCUAGAAGUGGAUCUCCAUGGCAAUAUCUGUUCUUAAUUUUUCUAUUUCCAGUUUCCCUGGCUUGCUUUCUCUCCGGACCUAGGGCAGGAGUCGGAAUUCGUGUCAGUGGUGGCAUUUUGCAACAGCCCCCUGCCCAGCAGCACCCCUGUAGCAGGGCUUUCAGAUCCCUUCCAUAUCUUGUGCUCUUCAAGCUAUUCUUCGGGAGACGCAAAGUUCACAGUUCACGGUCUGUAGAAUCACAAAACCAAAACAACCUGGGAGGAGGAGGAGUGAGGGCAAGAUGGUGAGCCGAGCUGCAGCUGCUGCAGAGGCAGCUACAGGCUUUAGGAGAAUGAAACAGGGUGAGGCGUUCACUGGGCAAACCAUUUACUCCCAGCAAGUAUUCAGGGAUAGCCUGAGCCUUCCAAAUUGAAAAUAAGCAAUUGCAAAGGAGAAUGGGAUUAGUACAAGGAGAGGGCAGAGUGAUGACUUUGGGGAACUAAGCUGCCAGGGAUGGGGGUGGGAUAAUUUCAAGCCAUUCACCGCACAUACCUUGUACACAUUUACACAACUUUUGUUUUCUGUUAGUUUUAUCCCAUAAUUUCAUUCUUUAAAAAAAAAUUACCAAUCCUGUGGGGUGGGGGAGAGGACAGACCAGAUAGUUGUUUUCCGCUAAGAAGAUGAACAUACAAGUGGAUCCCUUCUUAUGCAGUACUUGUAAGGAGAAAUUCCAUGUGGGAUUUAUUUUUUUAUUUAAUUAUUUAUUAACCAUGUGGGAUUUAAAUUCAAGAAAACUGCUGGAUGAGACUGCCUGUUGCUGUGUGUUUUUUUCAGCUGCUCUUAGAAUGUAUUUCUAUGUAAUGUAUCUUGUGUAUUAAAAAGCAUAUCAGAUAUUUCUGCAUAAGUAGCUCACCACUUGCAGAGUAAGGGAAGCUGUGAUAAAAUUGUAGGUCUACAUAUACAGUAAGUAUAGAGACUGUCAGGAGUCUCUACAUGUCUGCUGGCAAAUCCUGUAGAUCUGUUUGGUGUUUUUGGUGUGUGUGUGCACACACAUGCACGCAGGUGUGCUUUGAUUUAAAAACAUAGUUGGUCUUUUUAUAGGGCAAGGAACCUCUUUUUUACCUAGUUUUAGAGGUUCUUUUCCCGCCCCGCCCCAUUAGAUACAAAGGUAGGUGCACCAGGAGCACAGGGAAGCUUUGCCCCCUGCAGAUUUCUUUGAGAAAAUCACACGCUUUAGGGAAGAGUGUGUUUGCUGGACACUACUGGAGAAAAACCUCCGGGUUCAGGGAGUGACUAACACUGAAACUCGGUUGUGUAACUGGAGAAAUCUUUCCAAAAUUUUGUUUCAGAAUCUUGAAAAGAAUGAGUUAUUUUAUCUAACAAUGAAGUAUAUUGAACAGCCCUUUCAAAGUGGAGGUGGAUUUAAGGAAAAUUUUGUAUUUUUAUGGUUAUAACUUCCAGUUAUGGAUUGAAGUAUUCUUUCUUUUCUUUUUGAUUGUAGAUUUCACCUGCCCCCUGAUUAUCCUAUGAUUGCCUGGAAUUAUUCAUUUUGACUGAGCCCCCAAAUUCUAAUUUAAGCUUCUUUAUAUGCUGUUGAAGUUAUUUCUCCUAAAUCUCUCCUACACCCUUCUCACCCUUGUCCCACUGCGGAAAUACCACAGGAAGCAUGGUGGACCUCUCCGCUGUUGGCUUAUCCUGAGCCAGCAGUCUCAAGCAGCCAGGGGCCUGUCAGGACCUGGCUCAGGAACUGAAGGAGUUAGGGGUCACAGCCAAGAUGUGACUGAAGAACGACUUGGGGAUGGCGGCGCAGCAGACACCACGGAGGCCUUCAGCGACAAAGACACAGACCAAAGGAGCUCCCCCGAUGUGACCAAAAGUAAGAGCUGCUUCACCCCCGAGAGCCCCGAGGUCGUGGCUGUGGAUGAAGGUGGCUACGCCGUGCAGAAGAACGGAGGCAACCCCGAGAGCCGCCCCGGCAGUCCCAAGUUCCAGGCCGAGCAGAGUCAGCUGCUGAUCGAGGGCCCCACGGGCACCGUCUCGCUGCCUUUCAGCUUGAAAGCCAACAGACCUCCACUUGAGGUGCUUAAAAAAAUAUUCCCCAACCAGAAGCCCACGGUGCUGGAGCUCAUCCUGAAGGGCUGCGGGGGGGACCUGGUGGGCGCCGUGGAAGUGCUGCUGUCCAGCCGCUCGUCGGUGGCCGGCGCCGAGCGGACCGCGGCCGAGCCGGACAGCCUCGUGUUGCCCUCCAACGGGCACAUCUUUGAACACACCUUGAGCUCCUACCCCAUCUCCUCGUCCAAGUGGUCCGUGGGCUCGGCCUUUCGAGUCCCAGACACGCUGAGGUUCUCUGCGGACUCUGGCAACGUCGUCCCCAGCCCCCUGGCCGUGCCCCUGCAGCACCCGUUUCCCCAGCCGCCCCGGUACCCCCUGAUGCUGAGGAAUACUCUGGCCAGAAACCAGUCGAGCCCCUUUUUGCCCAACGAUGUCACCCUAUGGAACACCAUGACGCUGCAGCAGCAGUACCAGCUGAGGUCCCAGUACGUGAGCCCCUUCCCCAGUAACUCCACCAGUGUCUUCAGGAGCUCGCCGGUGCUCCCCAGCCGCCCCGCCGAAGACCCUCGCCUCUCGGUCCCCGAGGAUGGAUGUCCCAUCGUGUCGAAGCAGUCCAUUUACACCGAGGAUGACUACGACGACAGGUCUGACUCCUCGGACUCCAGAAUACUCAACACGUCAUCCUAAGCCGGUGCCGGAUGGGUGCUGACCAGGUGACCUGUGCUGUGCGCUUGAACCCUGGGGACCCCCAGGAGAGGCCACGUCUCGCACAUACCCUUUCCUUCUGUCUGACAAAGUGACUGCUUGAUUCUAUACAUUAGCAAUAAAAACAUAACUUAUUUAAUUUCUUGCACUUCACUGGAAAAUGCCAAAUAGCUUUGCUCUGUGGCUUUAGUGCUGAAUGUCUGUUGUAAGAGAGUCUCAUGCUAAGGGUAGUCUUGGGAAGGCUGGGUCACGAUGUAAAGCUCAAGUCAGCCUUGCUCUAAGCCCAGCCUGGAAUGUUACAUAAAAUAGUAUACAUGAAUGCAGUUUUGCAAAGGAGGACCCCUCAGGAUGUUCGCAACCUAAAGGAAGUGGUUCAGUUGCGAAUGGACGAUAAAUAGGGACAUUAUGCGCCUCCUCUAAAAAUCCUUGCAUCCUAAAGAGAGACUGCACUUAAGAAUAGAGUGAACUGCUUAUAUGCUUAUUUAAGCUUGGACAGUUGUCAGAGUCAAGCUCCAUUAGGAAUUAUUCUUUUCACAUGUCUGAAUUGAAACAUGUGUAAUGUCUAUGUAAAACCAAUCACAGCUGUGAGCUGCAUGAAAUGUGUUGUGAAAUGAACACAAGAGUAAGCUUUGUCAGGUUAAUGUAGCAUGCUAAGGACUCUAGAAAAAAAUAAACUAAGAAGAUGAUCUUGGUUUAUGUCAUUUCUACUUGUGAAAGAUGGUCUCUAAAAAUAGAAACGAUGUGGGUUAAGAAUCAAGGUAUCAGGUAAAUGAGACAUGACUUGAGAGACAGGAAUGGCUAAC